CUGAUACUUGGAAAUAUAAACUUGAAACGUAUUUUUGGUUUCAUAACUUCUGAAAAUCUGAUAUAGUGUUAUUUGGGCGUUUUAAUUAACCAGUUCAUACAAUAUUUUGUCAGUAUAAUCUUUGAAAAUAAUAUGGAAAGACAGGAAUCGUCUGAAAAUUGUUGCAAUGUGUGCCACGAGCAUGUUUCCGUGUGGGCUGUUGGACCCUGUGAUCAUCCAGUCUGCUACAAAUGUUUAACUAGAAUGCGAAUAUUGUGCAAACAACUGUAUUGUGCUAUAUGCAGGAGUGAUCUACCCGAGGUUUUGUUUAUAACCAAUCUGAAGAAGUAUUCUGACCAUAAAAGACAACAGUUUAUCAGCAACUGGAAACAUAGGAUAUUUUUUGACACCGAAGAAACUCGUAGGCAGUACUUGAAGCUGUUGGAAUAUUCUUGCUCAUUAUGUCCUGAUCGAAAACCGGACCAUUCGUUUUUAGGACUGAAGGACCACAUGCGCAAGCAGCACUCACUGUUUUGUUGUGAUCUGUGUGUCAAGCAUCUGCAGCUGUUCAGUUCCGAGCGGAAGUUUUAUAAUCGCAAAGAUCUCGCCACUCACCGGCGGACCGGUGACCCGGAUGACACGUCGUACAAAGGUCACCCACUGUGCGAGUUUUGUGACGACCGGUACAUGGAUAAAGAUGAACUUCAUCGUCACCUGAGGAAAGAUCAUUACUUCUGUCACUUCUGUGACACGCAUGGCACCAAUGAAUACUAUAAUGAUUAUAACAACCUCCGGGAACACUUCCGAGCUGACCACUAUCUGUGUGAAGACGGGGAUUGCGCAGACAGACGGGUACAGUUUACAAACGCAUUCCGCGGUGAGAUUGACAUGAAGGCCCACUAUGCACAACAGCAUAGUCGGAAUUUGUCGAAAGCGCAGAUAAAGGAGGUUCGCACACUUGACAUUGAUAUUCAGAUGCCAAGGCGACGUAAGCCACAUGAGAGAGGUAAUAUAACAGGAGAAGACUACACGUACCCUGGAUCUCGAGGAGGCAGUAAUUCAGCCCCGAGACAGCAGCGACCUCCCCACCGGCAUGACAGGGAAAGAGAAAAUUUUGAGAAAGCUAUAGAAGAUUCUCUGAGGGAAUCGCUGAAGAACAACGAAAGAGAGAUGCGCGAAGUGGAACGAAGUCGGCGACAGGCGGAGCAAGAGGAGGAGGUUCAGAGGCUCAAAGAGGAACAGAUGCAGCGCAAUCUACAGAACUUCCCAACACUCUCAGAUGGCCACCCGUCGGUGGACAGAAUCUCCCCUACUCCGCAAGCACCAGUUCCGAGUGUCGCUGUCAAGCAAAAUCGAAGUUCAGGAAUUCUUAAUUCAGACGACUAUCCAUCUUUGUCAUCAUCAGCAGUUAACACACAUCCUGGUCCUUUAAAAAAUUCUGAUAACACUAACAGAAGUGUUGCUGUUACUAGCAACGCUCCAAAUAUGUCUUCAAGACCGAAUACAUCAAGCAGAGCUAAAGGUUAUGAAAAUACUAACGUGCCAAUAAAACGGACAACAGAGGACUUCCCCGAACUAAGCCGCCCAGCUUCGGCUGGUUCUGCUGGUCUUGUGAGUCUUGGUGCAUGGUCGGGGAAAGGACAGAAGAAAGGACAGUUUGAGUUUAUUAAUAAUGGUGGGGACUGUCGGUCAAGGGGUGUGGAUAAUGUAAAUUUAAAAUUUAAAAAUAAUAGCGUAAGCGUUUCUAGUUCUUUCACUGGUAUCGGUGAAGCCUUAAGUGAGGAUCAGUAUCCUCAGCUCUCCAAGCCAAUUACUACAUCCACUGAGUGGGUUAAAAUUCCUAAAAGUGCUAAAAAUAAAAAGAACGCUAAUAUUAAAUCAGGACAAAAAUUGGAAGUGGCAUCAAAAGCUUCGGCUAAUUAUGUAGACAAAGACUCGCCUGUUAAUUCUGCGGAUGAAGCGAAACCUAAGACUAAGAAAAAGAAAAAGAAGUUGAAGGACAAAGCGGAUACUGAUUCUGUUCAAAACACGGCAAAUAAAAAUGGACAAAAUGUAAAUGGUGUCGCCAAGCCAAUGGAUAAAAUACCAGUUGCAGGCAAGUCUGCAGAAUCAAGGGAAUUCAGUUCUAAAGAUAGAACACCAGUUGUUAAAAAGUCAGUGGAAUUAGACUCUGGAUACUCUGAGUCAUCAAGUGGAUCCUUGGAUGGCAUUGCUGGUGGAUUACUGGAGGAGAAGAUGAAAGAAUACAGACGCCAAGAGGCCAUUGACGAAUUUGAAGCAGUGGACACAGUUCCCAAAUUAGCCACCGGCAAACCUCUGAACAUUCAAAACAAGUUUGAUAUCUUGCAAGCUGAGGAUGCUUCAAGCAAAGUUGCUUUCACAGUUUACAGAAAUACAUCCAAGUCAAACGGAAAGUCACUUUCUCCUGAUAACUUCCCAAAACUGAAUCCUUCCCAUGCAGUAGACGAUUUCCCAACACUGAAACCUCGUGGUCCCGGUGAGUUCCCGACACUGAAUUCUCCCAUCGCCAUGGCAGCUCCUGUUACGAAAACCGGUCCACCGCCGGGCUUGGGUCACAUCAAAUCUGCCCCACCUGGCUUUAAAUCCACCACAGCAUCAGAACGACCCCCUCCAGGCUUCACUCUCAGCACGUUAAUGGACGAGACCAUCAAACCGAGGCCACUGCUUGCCACCACGGCCUUCGAGAACUUCGACUACUUCAAGCCUGCCGACUUCUCGGCGAGGAACGCGAAGCUGGUGGCGGAAGUCUCCAACCUGCUGGAACAUGACCAGGAGUUGUUCGCCCAGUUCAAGUCCUACUCGGGCCAGUUCCGGCAGGGCAGUCUGUCGGCUGCGGACUACUACAAGAGCUGCCAGGAGCUGCUGGGCGACGACAAGUUCAACAAGAUACUGAGCGAGCUCAUCAGUCUCCUGCCCGACAUAAAGAAGCAGCAGGAGCUUCUGUCCGUGCACAACCAGGCCCUGAAGUCUGGCAACGGCAACAGCAACAAGGUCGUGAGGAUCGGUGGUGCCAUGUCGAAGGCCCAGCCGUGGGAUUUGGAGAUCGCGUUCCUCACGUGCACGGUUUGUCGGCAGGUGCUGGUGAAGGAGGACUAUGAUGAACAUGUGGCACAGCACACAGAGUUCUCCGACUUCCCAACCCUUGCGACGUUCGGCCCGUCUUCGCAGUUCGUGGGACAGGGGUCGUGCAUAAAGGCAAAGUAAACUGUAAUGUCGGUUAUCGUAAGUGUAUUUUAGACAUACUUUACAAUUAAUGUUAUUUGUUACUGGAGAAAAGGAAAAUAUAAGGCAAAGUAAACUGUAAUGUCAGUUAACUUAUUAUAUGCGUAUCUUAAAUGUAUGUUUAGACAUACUUUUCAAUUAAUGUUUUUUGUUACUGGAGAAAAGGAAAAUAUCAUAAGGCAAAGUAAAUAGUAAUGUUGGUUAACUACAUUUCAAUGGAUACUUUUAUAACUGGACAGAAGGAAAAUAUGAUUAUCCGUAAAAUUUUGCGAGAUAAAUUACAUGCAUAUUUUUAAUGAUACGCAGGUGAUGUACUGUUCAGUGAACGUUUUUGUUAUUGGAAUGAAGGAAAAGGGGUAAUUAUCUCAUGUGUUCUUUUUUGGCUAUAUAAAUUACAGGAAUAUUUAUUAAUGUGUUACGCAAGCAGUUGUGAUAUGGACAGAAACCUUUGUCACUGGUAGUGGCAUUAUAAUUUAGUUUAAUUUCUAGUUUAGGCCUAAUAACCCUCAUCAGUACAAUUGCCAGAAUUGACUGUUUCUGUACAAUCGGGUGUCUACCAGUAGUUAGGCCUUGUUCUUUUUUUCUAUUCAUGAUGCUUUUGUCUCAGAAUACAUUGAUAUAAAAAGAAAUAAUGAUAUUCUGGUAUAAAAAUAUUUUAAUUCAUUGACAUUAUUGUACCCAGAAUUAUAUAGAGAAUACUAAAUGAGUUCCCAUAUGAAACCAUUUAUAUUACAAUGAGUGUGUUUUGAAGUGUACAUCAGGAAUAAAAGCAAGUUAUGUACAAUUAAAAACACACCAGUUGUAAUAUAAACGGACUCACACAGGAACGAGUAUAGUAUUUUAUUUAUUACACCACAUCGAUGAAUAAAAAUCACACAGAGUGACUUCCAAAAUAACUAAACAAGACAAAAAUGCACAGAUUAAAGAACGGGAAAAAUGACGUCGCAUACCAAAUGACGUCAUUUAGCAAAAUGUAAUGUUGUGGUCACUUCAUUUAGCUAUAAUUUAUCAAUGAAACUUUGCAUUCAUACUCCACACAUCUAUCAAUUAAGUUUACACAAUAUUAUAAAUAUAUUCAAGGCCAAAUUUUUUUAUUAAAAUAUAUAUUUUGUGAAAUUAUGCUGCUAACAUUAAUUAUAAGACUUGACAGCAAGUAUUUUUCUGAUUUAAAAAUAUGAAUCGAAAGAACAUUGCACACAUUUUUUGCAUAAAGAUCUAUAGAGAGUUAUACUGUGUAACAAUCGAUAAAUGUCACAUGUGUAUCUCUUCCACCGUGGUGUAAUAAACGUUUUCCCCCGCAUUUUCAUAUUUUUUUCAGUGUCGAUAAUCUUGCUUUCUUCACUUUGUCAGCUUGGUGUCUGUGCAGACCCCAAUUGAGAUUUGUAUACAAAGAGAUCCUAUUGCUACACCAAAUCUAAUAAUCUUUGGCCCUGGUGUGGAGGUCAAAAUUAUUUAAAAAGAGAGGAAACAUUAAUUCACUGAUCAGAAAGUAUCACAAAACAUAUACCCCUGAGGUCCGCAUGGAUGCCUGCUGUACUGAUGAAGGUUAAGGAAUUAUUACUGCUUUUUAUCUCUUUUCUUAGACAAGGAAGUAAUGUUUGGAUCAAUCUGUUCAGUCUCUUCAUUUUCUGUAAGUUAAGGAAUUAAAAUUGUCAUUUUUAUCACAGAUAAUUUCAAACUACAUGUACUUAGUUGACCAAAAGGUAAUCACUUGUUUUAAAUUAUUUAAAAUUUUAACAAUUGAUAAAUUGUUAAUGGAAAAAAUAUCUGCAAGAAUAAUACAGAUACAUGACUGUUUACAGAAUGGAUAAUCCAAGUGUUCAUUUGUAAAAUAUUACUGUUGAGUAAUACAGUUGAGAUCAGUGCACAUCGUUUUAAAGCUAUCUUAGUGCUAUGAAAUCGUAAAACCAUCGUAGGUUGUGACGUCACUACAACACACGCCAUAAUGACGUCGUACGUUACGAUGGUUUGACGAUUUUGUAGGCUAAAAUUGCUUCGAAAAUAUAGGUUUGUUGUUUUGAUUGAAAAUUAAAUAAUUGAGAAGUGAACUGAAGCAUGCUAUCAACAUUUUUACUCCAUUGUGUUAAUAGUUCCUCAAUGAUUAAAGUGACAUAGUAAUUAACGGAUGGCGGUUUCUCAAUUGUAGCAAGACAUGUCUGAGCACUUACUCAGGGCUUCUAGAAUUUAAUAAAAAUCCACUAGCCAUGGGAUCAGUGAUUUUAGAAAUGUACUAGCCAUGAUUAAAAAUAUAUUAGCCCUACUUUAAAUAAAUACAAUUUUACUGAUAGUAAUAAUCAGAUAUGUCACCUAAAGAGGGAGAUUGAGCUUAAAAAUCCUUUGAUUGGGGUAGAAAGAGGGGGCAAGAUAUUCAUAUUUACAAAAUACGUAAAUGCAGCAUUUGACAAGGUUUUUUUUCCACUAGCCAUCGGGCUUGUUAUAGUAGUUAUUUACUAGCCCAACACUGAAUAUCACUAGCCAUGGGAGUGGGGAUACCAUAAUCUACAAGCCCCGACUUACUGUCUUGCCUUUUCGCAUUUACAUCAUUUCUGUGAAUGGUAUAACAAUGGAUAUAUAUAUAUAUAUAUAUAUAUAUAUAUAUAUAUAUAUAUAUAUAUAUAUAUAUAUAUAUAUAUAUAUAUAUAUAUAUAUAUAUAUUUAAACUAGUGCUUGGUGGUAACCUUUAUAUACUGUUAUCCAUGUACACUGCAUUUUUUGUCAGUUACAGUCCAUUUUAUGACAAGUUGUAAUACACUAGGCAUAGACUACAUUGAUCAUGCCAGUAUUCAUUUCUAACAGGAAAUUGUACAGCAUCAUUUCAAUAAAAACUAACAUUAAUAAGCAUUCGAUUGUGGCUACACUGAAUAAAACCAAAAGGAUCUUUUCAGAGGGAUUUUAAUCAAACAAACUUGCAACAUCCCACCAUUGGUUUUUUUUAAUAUGACAUGACAUUUGAUCUUGGGAUUACUGAAGUUUUGGCAUGAGGAUUGGCACAUUGUUAUACUAUACCACUAAUUUUAAAUUGAUUAAUAUGUGUAAUAAGACACAAAAAAACUUUGUUUUUGUUAAACAUAAUGAGCUGAAUUUAAUAAGACUUUUUUUUUCUUAAAUGCAGGAGUUUAAGUACUGUUAAUGUAUAUAGUUACAUUUGUAUAAGACUGAAACAGGCUUUCUAAAUUUGGCCCAGUAUUACUAAAGUAAGAAAUAUGAUUGUAAAAAAGUGCAAAAAUUGACAGAAACCCCAAAUAAAAUAUUUAUUUAUUUAAUGUUUUACCCGUAUGAAAAAAAAAAUCCAUGUUGUCCAAAACUGAUUUACAUGUAGAUUUUUAAAAUUGGUUUAUUUAUUUUUUGUUUUGCUUCUCCCAUGAGAGUUACUUCAAUAAAUAUAAAUACAGUUUGUCAUGUUGUAAAUUACAUGUAUCAUGUCAUCCCAAAUAUAUGUUGUACAUUUUGGUUUGGAUUAGUGUUUAUUAAAAUAAACCAGCUUAUUAAAUAAUAA